AUGUACAAGUCCGAAAUAGAAACAUCUUCGAAUGAAUCUGCCACAAAUGCUUCUUCCUCGCAACAUCCUGAAAUAGAAACAAGUUAUAUGUCAAACGUCACAUCAAGGUUGGUAAAGAAGAAGAAGACGAGCACAAAGGCAUUAGUGAAGCGUCUACUAGGCGUUGUGGCUGACUUAACUUCUAAAGUAGAUCGUGUAUUACAGAAAAAAGAUGAACCAGACAGAGGGUUUCGAGAGGAGGAGGAGGAGGAGGAGGAGAUGAUAAAUGAAGAGGAGGAAGAAAAAUAUUACCAUGAUACACAUUUGCACUAUGAUGAUAUAGGUACUCAUGGUUUGGAGGGGGAAUUUGGACCUACACCUACGAAUGUUGAGCCGUCAUCGGACGUGGGUGAACAUCACACAAAAGAAAUGACUCCUAUUGUUAGGCCGCAACGAAAUAGGGGUGUUCCAUGGUAUCAGCGGACUCCAAAAUCACCAAAGCAAAGAAAAAAAGUAGUGGAGAGUCCUGAAAAAGCAAAUGAAGACAUUGUGGAUAAAGAGAGUAAUGAUGUUUCAAAUCAUCUCCUGCUCGACAGUCUUGAAGCUGCCAGUACGUUGAGGUUUUGGAGAGAAUGGAAUACGAUCUCUUCCAACCUAAACACUAAACAUAGGCUGCAUAUGCUCACACUGGAUGUGGAGUUUUGGUCGAGGUUACUUGCAGUUACUGACGCUGGGUGGUUAAUUUCUUCGCAUAUUGCGAUAUGGAGUGCCUUGCUCAUGGAAAGACGGAGUAUAGCAAAUGGUGUUGGAGGUCAUCCUAAAUGGAAGGAUGUGGAUAUGGUUCUAUUCCCCAUAAACGUUCCUCAUACCCAUUGGUUUUUGGCAGUGCUACAUUUAGAUAUUUGGAAAGUACACAUUUAUGAUUCAGCACGAUCUAUGAAUUUCUUCACAAAGUACUUGACUAGUGGAGAAUUCAAAAGUUGUGGGGAUAGUAUUAUCUCAGAGCUAGAUGUCAUUGACUACUGGAACGAUUUCCCCGAUGGACACAAAGACAACGCAGUUGUGGAGUUUAUUGAUAUUGUAGACGCGCCGCAACAGGAAUAUAUUCUUAAUAGAGGGGAUUAUGGAGUAUUCGUAAGCAUGUAUAUGGAAAUGAUUGCUUAGGGGGUACCGGUGAAGAGUGAUAAGCCAUGUAGAGAUGCGGGAUUUCUCUACAGAAAUAGGAUGACAAAUAUUAUUUGGGAUACUAAAUAACUUGAUGUUUGGAAGUUUGUAUACAUUAUUAUGAAAUACUUGUUUUUAUU